AUGGCUGCUGACGUCAGCUCCCUCGUACGGUUACUAAGCGGUUACAAGGAUGAUCGAGCGGCGGUGAAAGAAUCCGCCGGAACGAAAUCUACGGCGGCGCUGAUGACUCGCGAUCUCCUUGGAAUCGGCAGAGGAGGAGGCGAUCGGUCACUGGAGCUUGACCUUGACCUUCAAGUCCCCUCCGGAUGGGAAAAACGUCUCGAUUUGAAGUCAGGUAAAGUUUAUUUGCAACGAUGCAAUUCCACGAGCUCGUCGUCGUCCAUAACUAACGCGGAGCAAUCGAAUCAAACAGUCCCGACGUUUCAGGAUUUGAAUUUUCCUCCGAAUCCCAGCAAUUCUCAGGCGAAGCCUUUGCUAAACCUCUUCGACGACACCACGCCGGAGCUGAAACUUCUCCCGUCGUCUCGCUCUCGUCCUCUCUCCAUGUCACCGAACCGUAAUAAUUUCCAAAGCGUUUGCACGCUGGACAAGGUGAAAUCAGCUCUGGAGAGAGCGGAGAGGGAUCCGGGUAAUUUCAAGAAACGGCAAUCGCCGGACGAUACGGUCUCCGAUCAUCAUCGGACGACGGAGGUUGCGUCACCGGUGGCGGCUGGAUGUCCCGGCUGUUUGUCUUACGUUUUGGUUAUGAACAACAACCCGAGAUGUCCGAGAUGCGACACCAUUGUUCCUUUGCCUACAAACUCCAUGAAGAAGCCUAAGAUUGAUCUCAACAUAUCAAUCUGA